UCUGCAACUUACGAAAGAAUCCCUCUUCCUCGCCGCGAUUGCAUGUUAUAUCGGGUAAACCCGGUGUUUUAAGUGGUAAUAAUUUUUUAUUUUAUUUUAAUUUACAACUCCAGUAGUUUUUCAUCCACAACCUUUCAAUUCGAGUGUCAGCAAGACUUGUACGUGAGUAUACGAGGUCGCGAUUGCUGUGGAUUCUAUUAGCUUUUACGUUGGUUCCUUUCCCUGAUUCCAGUGAUAUUUAAUUGAAAAUGGCUGCUCAAAUAUUUGGGAGAAUAGGGCAGCUUGGAGUCGGACUUGCCAUGGUCGGAGGUGUUGUCAAUUCAGCUCUGUAUAACGUGGAUGGUGGUCACAGAGCAGUCAUUUUUGACAGAUUCACAGGAGUCAAAAAUAUUGUAACAGGAGAAGGUACCCACUUCUUCAUUCCUUGGGUUCAGAGACCUAUCUUGUUCGAUAUUAGGUCACGCCCACGAAAUGUUCCUGUCAUCACCGGAAGUAAAGAUUUGCAAAAUGUCAAUAUCACACUUAGGAUCUUGUUCAGGCCAGUACCAGAUCAACUACCAAAAAUAUACACGAUCCUAGGUCAAGAUUACGAAGAGAGAGUACUACCCUCAAUCACCACCGAAGUUUUAAAAGCUGUUGUAGCUCAGUUUGAUGCUGGAGAACUAAUUACGCAGAGAGAACUUGUGUCACAAAAGGUUAGCGAAGAUCUCGUAGAACGUGCAUCACAGUUCGGAGUUAUUUUAGACGAUAUUUCAAUUACGCAUUUAACAUUUGGCAAAGAAUUCACGCAAGCUGUUGAAUUGAAACAAGUUGCUCAACAAGAAGCAGAAAGAGCUCGCUUCCUCGUCGAGAAGGCUGAACAACAAAAACAAGCUGCUAUCAUUUCAGCGCAAGGAGAUGCUGAGGCCGCCUCACUCCUAGCCAAAUCAUUCGGAGAAGCUGGUGAAGGUUUAGUUGAACUGAGACGUAUUGAAGCUGCAGAAGAUAUCGCCUACCAACUAUCCAGAUCUCGCCAAGUCACAUACUUACCCGCCGGACCAGGCGUUUUACUGAACUUACCAACACAAUAAGGCAGCAUUUAGGUUUUUUACAUUGAUUUGUGUAGAUUAGGAAAGCAAGGUCUCUGUUUUCUCUUUAUUUUAAUCGAUUUAUAUUUGUUCGUUUGUAAGGAAAGCACUGUAAAGUUUUAUUUAAUAUUAAAAGGUUCUUUUUUAUGUCA